GAUGGCGCCCCCGGGAGCUGGGAGAGGGUGACCGGCAGCGGGGAAGCGGCCUGGGCUGGCCCUGCGAUUGCGGGGUCCUGGGGGCAUCUCGCUGGGUACCCCCCUGGCCAGCCUACAAGGCCUUCCCCGGGCCGGAGCGAUGGCCGCCGAUAACAGCAAGCAGUUUUGGAAGAGGAGCGCUAAGCUACCGGGGAGCAUCCAGCCCGUGUAUGGAGCACAGCACCCUCCUUUGGAUCCUCGGCUCACCAAAAACUUCAUUAAAGAACGGUCAAAAGUCAGCACGGUUCCUCUGAAGAAUAAGAAGGCCUCCAGUUUUCAUGAGUUUGCCCGGAACACCAGUGAUGCUUGGGACAUUGGCGAUGAUGAGGAAGAGGACUUUUCCUCCCCUUCUUUCCAAACUCUGAACUCAAAAGUUGCUUUGGCAACUGCUGCCCAAGUGCUAGAAAACCAUAGCAAGCUGAGGGUGAAACCAGAGCGGUCCCAGUCAACGACAUCCGAUGUUCCUGCCAGCUACAAGGUCAUAAAGUCCAGCAGUGACGCCCAGCUGUCCAGAAAUUCCAGUGAUACAUGCCUGAGGAACCCACUCCACAAACAGCAGUCCCUCCCUCUCCGACCCAUCAUCCCCCUUGUUGCCCGGAUCUCGGACCAGAACGCUUCUGGGGCACCCCCGAUGACUGUCCGGGAGAAAACCCGCCUAGAAAAAUUCCGUCAGCUUCUCUCCAGCCACAACACCGACUUAGAUGAACUGAGGAAGUGUAGCUGGCCAGGGGUUCCCAGGGAGGUUCGGCCUGUAACCUGGAGACUCCUAUCGGGCUAUCUCCCAGCGAACACCGAGAGGAGGAAGCUGACCUUGCAGCGGAAGCGGGAGGAGUAUUUUGGCUUCAUUGAACAGUAUUAUGACUCUCGAAAUGAGGAACAUCACCAGGAUACCUACAGACAGAUUCACAUCGACAUUCCAAGGACGAAUCCUCUCAUUCCAUUGUUCCAGCAACCACUUGUACAGGAGAUCUUCGAAAGAAUUCUAUUUAUUUGGGCAAUCCGACACCCUGCCAGUGGGUAUGUCCAAGGAAUUAAUGACCUGGUCACUCCGUUCUUUGUCGUCUUCCUCUCAGAAUAUGUCGAAGAGGACGUGGAGAACUUUGACGUGACCAAUUUGUCUCAGGACAUGCUGCGAAGCAUAGAAGCCGACAGCUUUUGGUGCAUGAGCAAACUGCUGGAUGGGAUACAGGAUAACUACACCUUUGCACAACCAGGGAUCCAGAAGAAGGUCAAGGCACUAGAAGAGCUUGUCAGUCGGAUUGAUGGGUCUCCUCAUGCUGCUACAAAACCUACCUACGAUACACUGGGGCAACGAAGAGAUUGGGCUGCUCCUCGCUGAGGCGUAUAGACUCAAGUACAUGUUUGCCGACGCCCCCAAUCACUACCGCCGAUAGGUGCUGUCUCCCCGCGGGGACCCAGACUGCCCCCAUCUCUGAUGGCAAUCUGAUCACUGUGGCCACUGUGCGAGCCGUGGACCCCGGCCAGGAACCACUCCUGCUGUAAAAAGCUCACAUCCGCCGCCCAGGUCUUAACUUUUUGGCGUGCCUGUCCGCCACUCCAUGUCUCCAGAUGGCUCUCCUGGACCACUAUCAGUAUUCCAUGACGUGUGGAUGGGCCCAGCUCUGGGAGAGGACAGAAAAGGAGGUACAGGGUUGUCCGCCCCUUUAAAAGAAACUGGACAGAAGAAGGGGAAGGCUCAGGGUCUCAAGUCACAUUGCCCUACACGGACUGGCUGUCUCUUGCCUCCCAGCUCCAACUGAUACUGUUGCUUUUUCGUGACAUAGUUUGAUUUGCUCACAGGUCAAAAACGCCUUAUGUUUUCAAAAGACUCCUGGCCCCUCCCCUCUACCCCCAAUUCCUAGCCUUUCUCCUUCUGCCCAAGUCUGAGCCAGUGAGGGGCAGCUUUUUAAGACCAUUGUUCUCAGAUGGAGGAAGCACUGGAUGUUUAUAACUCUGGGAAGAGGCCUACACCCAAGGGCUGGGAAUUUCAUUUUUCCUUUUCUCACCAGACAUCUGUAUGUGUGCCUGCGUCUGUGUGUGUAUGUGUGUAUACACACCCAUCAGCAUUUAGUUACACGUCUGAAUGUCUGUGUCCAGACUAUCCCCAUUGCAACCAGCUGGGAAGGGCCCCAGUGACGACAUACACAAGCAUCCCUUGAGAAGGAUCAGGGCAGGGGAGGGAGAAGGGGCUUUUUACCUCUCCAGACCCUUUUUCCAUGAUGACCCACUCCAAGAUAUUAUGUGUAAAUUGUGUUAUUAUGUAUAUGGGUAAAGAUGUAUAAAUAUAUGUCUUCUUUGUAGCAGAUAUGAUUUUAUAUUUAUAAUGUGCAUCAACAUGUGAAAGCAAUCUAGGUCACUAGCACAAAUGAAGUUGCCAGGCAGGUGGCUUCAGCACCUCCAGGUUGGUUUCUGGGUGCCCUCCUGUGAGGGAAGUGAAUGGGAGUCUGCUAGAGUGAGCACAGCCAAGCAGAUGGAGCUGCUUUGAAGACCGGGUGGCAGCCAACCCAAGCAUCAGUGUCUCAGAGUUUUUCUCUCCCCGCCCCCCCCCGCCCCUCAAUCCCUGCCCCAGGCCUUUGUGGAGCAUCUGCUGUGCUCCUUACACGUCUUCAGCGGUCAGAGCUCCCCACCCUUCACCCCUAGCAGCCUCCCAGAGAGAGGACUACAGAGGCAGAAGCCCUUCUGCAUGUUUCAGCCCCCGCCUUUCCCCUGGAAGCUGGGGAGGGCUUUUGUUUUUACAUUUUUAAGUCAGCAUUGUAUUCAAGACAGAAGCUGUGACUGACUGUCAGUGCCAAGGAGAGGGGUUCCUGUGUGUCCCUGGGGUUUUGGGCUCUUCCCAGAGAGAGGUGUUCGGUGUCCCCCACUGUAACCAUCGCACCCCACACAGCUCAUGAGAUGUGUGACCUGCGUUGGAUGUUGGGUGUUUGGUAGUGAAGAGGUGGCAGGCAGCCGGCACCCGCGUGGAAAGCCAGGCAGUUUUCCCCUGUGGGUAAGGCCCUGAGUCUGCCAGUGAAGCCCACCACACUGGCAUGUUACAUUUCUCAUCGGGAGCUGUUUCUCAGGCGUUCUUUCUAGCCCUUUCCUUUUCCCCUUCAGUGUGCCUCAAUAGUCUCCUUCACAGAGUGAGAGGGCUGGGAUCCUCCCUCGAUGGACUAACUAAAGAAAGACACUUGUGUUCCCAAGUGGUGGUUUUAUUUUUUUAGUUUUUAUGUUUGUAUGGGAAAUUGUGGAUAAAGUGAAAGAAUUGUAAAUAAACAGUGUAUUUCC